AGAAUUAAUUCCAUCAUCGUUGGCGCAAGUAACGGCAGCACGUACACAUGUAGAUGAUUUAGAAGAAAUUGUGAAACAGUGAUGCUGCGACAUGUCCAAGUAACGACUCGUAAGAUGACGACGCUAUUGACUUGUUGACAGUUUGCUUCGAUGCGUUGAUGGUUUGCUACUGGUUGGCUUGCUGGCAGUUCUUCGAUCGCGCUUGAUGCUACUUAUGUUGAUGUACUGGAGCCUCACGGAGGUGUCCAUAUCGCAGGCCUCCUCUAGACCCGGGUUGUCCUCCAAGUUUUUGAGGACGACGUUCUGCAAACGGUUCAACAGAUCCGGAUAUCUGAAUAUGUAGCGACGGAAAUCGUCGCGUUCCAACACGCAAAUCUCGCAUGUCUCCACCGCUAUCACGGUAGCAAUUCUCAACUCGGUUUCCAUCACCAACGCGAUCUCGCCGAAGUAACUUCCGUCUUCCAGAUGGCAAACCUAUUUUUCGUAUCAAGUUCCAGUCAUUAGUUCUAGUCAUUUAGUCCUGUUGAAACGAUUAACGAUCGAAUAAUAUUACCUCUUUUCCGUUAGCAGUGUAAACCGCCACCGUGCCGGAUGUGAUAAAAUAGAGGGACUCGCCGCGCGUACCAGCUUUAACAAUCUUAUCGCCGCUCAUGUAGAUCUCCGAACGCAACGCGCUCGUCAACUGCGCGACCACGCACUCCGGCAGAUGUUUGAAUAGAGCCACGUUGGAGACCAGCCUCAGAUAGUUGUGCAAAAUCAACUCCUGAAAGUAGAGCCAACAAUUAUACACAUAUUAUCGUAUCUAUCUACAUCCGACAGGCUGUCAGCAAGACUAGUCUGUCAUUCAUGGAGGGAGGCAUCGCUUGCUAUGAAAUUUGUUGAUCGAGAAACGCUAGUUCUUGGUUCGCCUCCAGCGGACAAUCUAUGUCAAGUAAUGGAGGUACUCCAGCAUUCUACACGACCAUUUUAUCACUUUGUUUUUAGAGAAGUAGAGUUAAAGAGGAAUAUGCCGGUGUGGGAUCAUUAUGGACCUAUUAUAAAGAGUCUUGUACUGGUGUGCUGUGAUCUAAGCGAGAGGAUGUUGGUAGAAAUUCUAAAAUGCUGUAGCUCCUUAAAAGUAUUACGUAUAAAUGCCUGCAAAGAAUGUUUAAUGUCUGGCAAACUUUUGGAAGAUGAAAACGACAUAAAAGAGCUCUCAGAGACGUUUAAAAGCUUGCGAGAGCUUAGUCUCGAUUACAAUAGAUUUUUAAGCGACCUUUUAUUUAAUAGAUUAGUUUCCAUUUGCACAAAUGUGGAAUCGUUGAAUCUUAUGGGUUGUCAAAUAUCUUUCCACAGUGGAUUAUACAAAAAGUUUUACCCUCAGAACCGUAUAGAAUUACCGGCAGCGUCAAAUUCGGUUCUGACCUUUUUAAAUACAUUACAGUAUCUUAAACGACAAGCGCAUAAAUUGAAGCACUUGAAUUUCGGAUACACUCUGAUCGAUGGCACAGCGUUGGCUACUUUAGCGGCCUUAGAGGAUUUAAAAUUGGAAUCAUUGAUGUUGCAAAGUUGCUAUCAAUUGACUAUUGAAGGCAUCAGAGGUCUGACUCAGCAUCAACCAUGCUUGAAAGUCCUUGACAUUAGUUUCUGCGUACGAAUUACUGAUGCCAGUCUGCUUUGCAUUUGCAAAAAUUUGACAAAGCUGGAAAUAUUUCGGAUAAAAAGGUGUCGCGCGGUCACUGACAACGGUGUACAGUACAUUCGACUACUAAGAAACCUGAAAGAGCUCGACAUCUCGGAAGACGAACAACUCACUGGAGACUGUAUAACUCGCGGACUUUGUUCACAUCAACGUGCAAACGAUAAUCUCGAAGAAAACGUCGAAUUGGGAAAUGUAAAUCACAGAUCUACAGGCGAAGAUUAUGAUGCGGAAAAGACCGUACAGAAGAAGAGUAUGCAGAUAUUCUCUGCGAACGCAUUGCAUCUUCACGAGGAAUCGAUCGAGUGCAUAUCUAAGUCGUUUCCUAAUUUGAGAGUACUCGAACUUAGUUAUUGUUUUAGCGGUGUUACAGACAAAACAAUACAGAUGAUAUUCAAGGAGCUUGUACAUUUGCAAACAUUAAAAAUAAGCCAUUGCGAUAAGGUCAGUGACGCCGGCUUGACGGGUAUGGGUGCUGGUAGUCACGAACGCGUCGAAAACGUUCAGGUUGUAUAUAAACCAGAAUUUCCAGGAACCAGGUUAAGAAUUAGUUUACGGUCGAGGGCUGAGGAAGAGAUAGUACGAGACGCGGACCGAAAGCGAGAAGUGAUGAAACUCUGUGAGAAUGUAUCCAGACCCUUAGACAUGAACAAGUCUGUGUUUUCAUUGAACAGGCUUAAACGCCUGCGGGAAUUAGAUCUUUCUGGUUGUAAUAAAAUCACCGAUGUCAGUUUAAAACAUGCAUUUGCAUUUCCAGAACUGAAAAUAUUGAACUUGAGCCAGUGUCAGCAGGUGACGCAAAUAGGAUUAGAUUAUUUAUCCAAAAAUAAUCCAGCAAUCGAAGACCUGAACCUGAAUGCGUGUCACAAUAUAUCAGAUAUUGGAAUAUUAUAUCUGGCACAAAGGCUGCAUAGAUUGAAACGGCUUCUUAUACAGGCAUGCUCACAGCUAACGGAUCACACCCUCGACUCUAUUAAACUGUAUUGCAAGAGUCUUCAUUACUUGGAUACCCGCUACUGUCGCGGUAUGACAGUGGCAAGACUCGAAAGUUUGACGCACCUAUACGUGGACUGGAUCAAACAUAUGGAUGAUCUUGAUAUUCCUGGAAGCGAGGUACUUCCACCACCAGCUCCACCUUUGCCGUCGUUACCUUCUUUGCCAUAGAGACGGCUUCAAUAUCUGCUUUCGCAUUUCAAAGAUAGGGUAAGAGAAAACUGAAGUGAAGUAUGUAUUAUUUCACGAAAAUUAUACAAAUUUAAAAUAUUUCAGGAUGGAUAGUACAAUUAAGCAGGAGUUAAGAUAAUUGUGUAGCAUAAUAAUUUGUACUGUCCAUCCAGAAGUGGUGUAUAGUCACAAGAUUUAAAGCCGAUCAAAAGAUAGUGAAAAAGGUACAUUUAUCAUCGAUUUGUCGAUGUCUAUUUCCAUGUGUGUGUGUGGCAGAAGGAUUAUAACACGAAUUUUAUUCACAACUAGAAUCAAUAUUUUAUAAUUGUUAUCGAACGGCACAAAGCCAGUCAGUUUUUUCAUACACACUUUCCAUCUUUAAACGUUAAUAAUAUCAAUAAUAAUAAUAUUUAACGUUACACACAAAGCAAUUGUAUAUAGGGUUGUGUAUAUACGUAUCGUGAUCGCGUGGUUGAGAAUGUUUAUGUGAAAAUGUUUAUAAUUGCAUGUGAAAGAGGAUAAGCAGAUGAUUAAAAUGGUAUUAUGUCAAGUAUUUGGCAACGAUUAUGACGCUUUAGUACAGAGAUAUUUAUGAUAUAACUUUAAUUAAAACUCGUGUAAAUUAAACAAGUAUUUAUUGAUUACCGAUAAUAUACAAACUAAAAGGUAAUUUCAAUGCGUGUGUUUAUAAAGCAUCGAGUGAUAAUGUGAUUUUGAUUCUAUGCAAUAAAUGAGCCAAAAGAAUUACUUAAGUAACAAAAAAUACGUAACUAAAACCUAAUCGAUAAGAAUAUUAUAAAAUGUUUUUUCAAUUUUCGGACCAGUUUCUAUCGCGUCCGAUGUUACACUUUAAUUAACAUUGAAACUAUUAUAAAACUAUUAUAUAUUCUAUCUAUAUAAUUUUAAACUUUACGUGUGUGUUAAAAGUCCAUAGCUUUGACGAUGGUAUACUUACAACGCAAAUUUCAUACAAAAUUAAAAGAGUUUAUUUAUACUAACAAUAAGUGAACGACACAACUCCGCUUCUAUGAAAAAACAGUUGCAAUAACUUACUUUAAAGAUGCUUUCCAGAGCACAUAAGAAAAAUGUUUGAACAAGAUCUUUGAACAAAGAUUAAUUCCACGAGACAUAGUACAAAGUAGCAUGAAAAGCCAUUGCAUUAGAACUAGAAUUCAAUAUUUUUGCUGCCACUCGAAUGAACAUAAACUUAUUAAAUUUUCAUACAUAGUAUAAGAUCCAUUUUUUGAAAGCUUAUAAAAUAAGUAAGGUACUACGACAUUCGAGAUAUUAUAAUUAAAACGAAUAUACGCAUAACCUGUCUCUGCAGAUUGUUAAAAUUGUAAUGUAUAAUCAUUAAAACGUGUUAUGGUA